AUGGUUAUCCUGAAUGCAGUGGAGAUGGCCAUGGAUGUGGAGCUGAACCGAAACCUCUUCGGAUAUCUAUCUGGUGCUUCCCCGGUGUUUGCAGUCACGCAGAAUGUCUUCUGCGUAUUUUUCCUGACGGAGUUGGUCCUUCGAUAUUUGGGGCAUGGUGGCCUGCGGCAAUCCCUCCAGGAUGGCUGGCUGUGCUUCGAGACUCUGCUCACGCUGCUGAUGAUUUUGGAGACCUGGGUACUUCCAGCUCUGGAAGCCUUGCAGUUCACCAGCCUUUCCGCUACCGCUGCAAACACUGCGAGCUCGCUGCGCUUUGCACGAGUCCUGCGCGUUUUGCGGACUGUCCGCCUCGCAAGACUCGUGAAGUUCAUGCCAGAAUUGAUGAUUUUGAUCAAGGGCAUGAUGGUUGCUUGCCGAUCUGUGUUCUUCACGCUGCUGCUUCUGCUUAUCCUUACUGUCAUCUUCGGUAUCAACUUCAUGGAAUUCAGCCGUGGCACAGCUCUCGAAGCUCUCUACUUCGAUACGCUGUGGAACACUGUCGGUACACUGAUCCUCCACUGCAUCCUGCCCGACCAAGAGGUCUUCUUCCGCUCUGUGGCGACGGAGAAUGAACCUCUUGCUGGCUUGGUCUUGCUCUUCAUCCUCCUCGGCUCCUUCACUGUCAUGAACAUGCUCCUGGGUGUCCUAGUGGAAGCAGUCAAGACGGUGACCCUGAUCGAGCGCGAAAACCUGGAUGCGGAGGUGGCACGAAAGGUUUUGUGGAACAUGCUGGAGAAGGAUGGAUCUGAGGAUGAUGAGCGCUUAAUCACUCGCAAGGAAUUUGAGGAUUUGCUCAGCAAGAAAAAGGCCGCGAAGGCGCUGGUGAGUAUCGGAGUUGAUGUGAUGGCUGCGGCAGACAUUGGCAAACUGUUGUUCGAAGAUGACGAAGCGAUCUUGUUUUUGGACUUCAUGUCUGCCAUGCUCACGCUGCGAGGCUCCAACAAGACCACCGUUAAGGACAUUGUCGAGCUCCGUAAAUGGGUUGCGGAAGAGUUCUUGAAGGUCCACUCGCUGGUGGGCCAUUCGGCAGACAUGGUAUGCUACAUGGGCAUGACGAGUCUGGUUCCGCGAAAUGCUGCGGGAUUGAUUUUGGAGCCUGGGGGGCGUGCAGCUGCCCUGCUCGGAGGGAUCUUCCUCCGCCGUCCAGCAUCUCUGCAUUUCAUCAAGGAUGAAGAUGUGGAUUCCAUUUGGUUUAAGACCGUGAUCUGCCCAACGGGCAGAUCGCGGAGCCGAAUCUCCGAGCUAAAGCUCGCAGUUGCAGGGCUUCAGAGCUCGCGGACCAGGGAACAACAGGAUGUUCGGGUCUCCGAGCGCCUUCAGAAUUCCUUCAAGAAGACUGCAGGGCGAGCAGCGGGCAAGGUUGCCUGCGUGGAUCCCCAAUUCCAGGAUGCCCUUGUCGACGGCUGCUUGAAGCUUCAGAGCACGUUGGAGGUGCUGGAGUGGGUUCCGACUUCAACAUUUGUGAAGGAGGGCGCGGGGCAACCACGACACAGCACAGAGUGGACAACGUCCCACUACGAUUCUUCACGGUUCAGGCAGCCAAGCCCACAGAAUCCACGGUUGCCGGCGGGCCUUGUCCUGGGCACCCGGACUACGUCAUCGCCAAAAGCCGAGCUGGGUGUCUUCCAUUUGUCAGAGGCUCGCGCAGAUGCGCCGUCUUCGCCAGACACUGCACUGCAUCGCUUGCUUGAAUUGGGAGAUGCCGCCCCCCGAGCCUCCGUGGCAGAAGCGGUUCGUGGGGAGAUCGGCGCAUGGUCGGCUCGGCCACAGCUUCUCACAAAGGUAAUGAGUGGCCUGGCCAGUCAAAGCCGGCACUGGACGAGCUUCUACUUGCUCGGCGCCUUGCAGAACGGCCGAUUGCAGCUGAAUCAGUAUCACUUUUCCGCCGCAAUUGGUGCGUGCCUGGGUGCAUGGAACUUGGUCUUGCAGAUCUUGGGGAUGAUGGCGGCGUCGGGUGUGGUGCCAUCGGUGAUCUGUAUGAAUUCAGCUAUUAGCAUCUUGGAGAAGGCUGGCAAGUGGCAAUUGUCAUUGCAGCUUUUCUCGUCAAUGCAUGCUUCGGAUCUUCUGCCAGACGUGGUAUCCUUCAACUCAUCCCUGAGCGCUUGCAGCCGGAGAAGCCAGUGGCAGACAUCCUUCGCACUGCUCAGCGAAGUCGCAGCUCGGAGCCUGGAGCCAGACUGUGUGACUUUCAACUCUGCAAUGGCCUCGUGUGCGCAAGCCGGCCUUUGGGAUCUCUGCUUGCUGCUGCUGACGAUGAUGCAGGACAGCGUUCCAGCGGACAUCAUCAGCUUCAACACCUCCAUCAAUGCGUGUGCCGGCGCCGGAAAUUGGCAAGUCGCACUGUCUUUACUGGAGAGGCUUCAAGUAUUCCGCCUGAGGCCAGACCUCUUCACGUACAGCUCUGCGCUACGUGCCUUCGAAUCCAAGGGCCUCUGGCAAUUGUCGCUCAGCUUGCUCGCCAGCAUGCUGAAGGACUCUGUGGACCCUCAGCCUAUCUGCUACCGGAGCGUAAUCAGUGCCUGUGAGCAAAGCAGCAACUGGGAGGUGGCUUUGUGCCUCCUAGCUUUCCACGAGGGCGACGUGAUGGGUUACAGUGCAGCAAUCAGUGCCGCUGCAAAGGCAGCUCAGUGGCGCGCAGCUCUGUUUUUACUCGGCGUCGGCAUGCCCACUGCGAAGGUGAACCCCAAUGUCAUCUCAUACAAUGCAGCGAUGAGUGCAUGCGAGAAAUGCUCGCAAUGGCAGCUCGCGCUGCACUUGUUGGGUCUGCUGCCUGCCGCGAGCCUCCAACCAACGGUCGUUUCAUUCAGCUCGGUGAGCAGCGCUUUCGAAAAGUCAGGAGAAUGGUCCCUAGCUCUGCAUCUACUGAGCGAGAUGCCUGAGCAGGCGGCCGAGCCGAAUGUGAUAACCUACAGCAGUGUCAUCACUGCGUGCGCUGCGGGCAGUCAGUGGCAGCUGGCUCUUCUGGUGUUCAGCACAAUACAUUUGAAGAGUCUGGGUGUCGACGCAAUCAGCUGCAACGCAGCAAUCACUGCCUGUGAGAAGGCCGGGCACUGGACCCGGGCCCUGGCUUUGCUUCACGGUAUGUCAGCCAUGGAGCUGGAGCGCAGCGUUGUGAGUUGGAGCUCUGCUGUCAGUGCCUGCGAGAAUGCGGAACAGUGGCAAGCAGCUUUUGCUCUGCUCGAUGGCAUGCUGCGAGCCGGGACAAGGCCCAACACGCUGACCCUCAAUUCUGCCAUCAGCGCCUGUGAAAAGAGCUCUCUGUGGCAAAAGUCCCUGCAGCUACUUUUUGGGAUGCAAGAGAUGAGCCUUGAGGCAGAUGGAGUUUCUUUCAACGCCGCCGUCUUGGCCUGCUCCCGUUCACGCCAAUGGCAGGAAACGCUGUGGCUUUUUUCAGACAUGCAGGCCUCCAGGGUCGAGCCUGAAGCACUGACAUUCAGUUACGUUCUCAUGAACUGCGAGCAGUUCGGCCUCGUGAGUCACGAGGUUGUGGUCCUUGCCAGCCUGCGAGAUGUGCAUGGCCGACGUAUCGUUGCGCAAAGCUCGCUUGAGGGGAAAAGCUUUGCCACUCUGCGCAUGCCAGGCUCUGAUGUCGAUCCAGAGAUGCUAAGCCACUUUCGCACUUUCGAACCAGCCAUGGGCCGAUUGCCUCAACGGGUGCAUGCGGCGGGCAUCACCUUCCAUGCGAAUCAGCAGGACGGCUUCUUCUACGGUCGUCCCGGGUUCUCCGGCAAUCAGGCGGAGCUCUUCCAAAAACACCAAGUGGGCGACUUGAGAGUCAGAUUCCUCUGUACGCCGGAAAGCGAUGCCACCGUCGUUGCCGUCCAGUGCCAGAAGGACAAGCUCGAGACGUUUGUCCCGUACCGUGUAGUCCCACAAGCACCGUGCGAUGAUGAGCGACAGGAGCGGCUCAAGCUUGUCGAGGAGGGUGACAAGACCUGGAGGGAAGUGCGCCGAGACGGUAACUGCUGCACGGGCGGAGUCGCAACUUGCUGCUGCUGCCCCUGCAACACCCUCGCUUGCCUGACAUCCCAGGAGGUUGUCACGGAGGAGAUCUUCUACGUCUCAGAUUCCAUGGAGCCUCCUGAGAAGCCAUUCCGCAGGGCGGUCUCACGGAACCCGUGGCUGCUGUGGAACUGGCGUCUCUUGGGCUGGCUGCUCAUGUACUUCUCCUUGCAUUUUGCUUUGCCGGUCCUGGACAAUGUCUUUGAGGGGCUGGGGCUUCAAAGGCUGCCAACCGUGGUGAACAUGCUGAUGCUGACACUUGUUUUGUGGUCAUUAGUCGUCGCAGUCGCCUAUGCCUGCUACCGUCCCAGCAUGGGCAUCAGGUACUGCCUCAUGGUUGCGAUCGUCGUUGGCAUACCGGUCAUCUACAAUCAGAUGAGUACUUCUGCGAGCUGA